AUUAGCUGGCCGCACGUCGCCUGAAACGGUUAGUAACGCACGAAACGCUCCCGGAACCGGUUGUGCAAGUGAUAUCAGAGUGCCAUAACAGCUGUUUACAUUUUUUGUUUAACCCUCAUCGACAACAUGAACUCAGGUUUUACGUGGAUUCCAUGUACCAGCCACCAAGGCAUCCCGCCGAUGGCGGUGCACGCCGGUAACGACCAGGACGGCUCUCCGAUUUACGUCGGUCGCGCGUAUCACGAUGGUGAUAAUUUGCCGGCGAAGGUCCUUCCCACCAAACAGGCCGCGUACGUUUCGCACAACGGCUUGGAGAUCUUCAAGUCCAAUUUCGAGGUCCUCACGGGCACAGGAUUCACCUGGGUCGGCAGCAGCAAUGGACACGUCCCAGCGGGAGCUGUACCGGCUGGCAACACGGUCUCGGGUUCCCCACUGUACGUUGGACGAGCUCAUCACCUGAGCAGUUUGACGCCGGGUAAAGUUCAUCGCGAACACGGAUGUCUCUAUAUUCCGUUCGCUGGAGCAGAACAGAGCUACCUGCAGUACGAGGUGCUCGUAGGUCCGCAGCGCUCCAACUGGCAACACUGCACGGCACAUGCUCCGAUGCCGGCGGGAGCCAUCCUAGCUGGGCAUGAUUCCGACAGCUCGCCUAUCUACGUUGGUCGGGCGUUCCACGAGGGCGAACAGUUGCCAGCUAAGGUCCUGCCCAGCCAGCAGGUUGCCUACAUCUGCUUCAACGGCCAGGAGAUUCCGAAACACUCGUACGAGGUGUUGUGCGGUGGCAACGUGUCCUGGAUGCCGUCUGGGUUCGGAAGUGUACCACCAAAUGCGGUGCUUGGUGGGCGCACGUCGUCCGGUGAGGUGCUUUACAUCGGUCGGACACACCAUAUGGGUAGCUUGACACCGGGAAAGAUUCACCCGAGCCACCAGUCGCUGUACAUCUCGUACGGUGGUAGCGAGAUUCCGUUCAAAAACUACGAGGUGCUGGUUGAGCACGGAGCGACUGGCCCUGGAAUGGCGCCGUACUGAAGAAUCGAAUAAAUUUGUAGGGAAUCGAGCUAGAAAACGUGACAAGUAAAUGAUGAAUAGAAAUACACAGACACGUGUCUUUGGAGCUGGA